AUGGUGUUGUACCGGCACCCAAGCGCGGAGCAAAGUCAGCCCAUCGUACCUCAACCCCUAACCUCCAUCACCAGAACCGGCUCGAGCAAUUGCUACGUCGACCAAGCCUCCGCCUGCGACGAACCCAACGCCGUGCCCUGUACCAACCUCAAAAAGGGCGUCUCCAAAGCCUGCUGUCCGCGCCUGACCAGCUGUUCCGACGGCUAUGAAGCCAGCGAGGAAUUCGUCCGGUGUAACAUCCAGUACGACGACUUGUUCCAUCCCACCGUCGUUGUGACAGCUACACUCUCAGAGAGCGGGAAGGUAUCAACAGUAACGCUGAGUCCGUCAUCGUCAUCAUCGAGCACGUCGACGACGAUAUCAUCCUCUAGCAGUCGCGCCGCCGAGACAGGUAGCACGCAGUCAUCGGAAUCAACUCCCCUCCCCGGCAUCCCCGUGCCAUCGAGCACAACACCAGCACAGCAAGGCCCCUCCCCCACUCCAGAAUCAUCGCCAGCAAUCUCCACCGGCGCCAUAGCAGGCAUCUGCGUCUCCGUCACUCUCGCAUGCGCCCUCGUCGCCGUUCUGAUCUGGAUCGUCCUCCGCCGUCGUAGGAAAGCUGCAGCCGAAAAGUCCCCGGCUCCAUCAGAUAGCAACCAAAGUGGAAGCGACCAAGACACACGCAGAGAUGUGGGCAGUCCGCUCGUCGAACUACCGCAUACCCACACCUACUCCGAAGCACCAGGUGAUAGUCGUCCGUAUUCGUACGUUGUUAGGCAGAAUGUGGUGGAGUAUUAUAAGCCAAUGGAGUUAAUGACACAGAGGGUGAUGCCGGUUGAGUUGCAGGGAGAUGCACAGAUGGGGGCGCCAGGGCAAUGGCGGGAGCAGCAGCAGUAUGGACCGUUUGAGAUUAUGACAAAUCCGAGAGGAUCGGGGGAAAUAAGGACGCCGAGGGCUGAACUGGCGGCUCCAACGCCUAGGGCAGAGUUGGGGACGUCUACAUGAAGCUGUGGUGAACUCUGCAGGACAUGGACGAGG